AUAAAGAAGAUACCCAAUUCGUUGCCGUUUGCAGCCCUCCAGAAAAUCUCUAUAAAUACCUGCCGCUUCCACCACCACAUAGCCACCCGCGCCACCACUUGACUAUCUUUCCCUAUUUUUCAACCGUUAAAAAUAAAAUAAGAACACACACAAAUUAGAAGGUAUCUAACAGAACAUCCCUCGUGAUUCCCCCAACAACCUUUUUUUUUUCUCCUCUCUCUACAAAAAAUCUUUAGUCAUGAAAGUAAACCAGCUGAGCACAACCGCCAAUACCAAGAACUACUUCUAUGACGACGAUGAUGAGGAUGAGGAGGAGGAGGAGAUUUGCAAAACAAUUGAGGAAGUUGCCGUUCUUGACCACCACCACCACCACCGCGAUCUCUGUCUUUCACCACCGCCUGUCGUCGGUGAUGAACUCGGCUUUACGCCACCGUUAAACUUUUCUAUGGUUGAUAAUGGCAUCUUCAGGUCUGGCUUUCCUGACUCUGCUAACUUCUCGUUUCUCCAAACGCUUGAGCUUCAGUCUAUCGUAUAUUUGUGUCCCGAACCUUAUCCGGAGCUAAACAUGGAGUUUCUUAAAGAGCACGGGAUUAAGCUUUUCCAGUUCGGGAUCGAAGGUCAUAAGGAGCCGUUUGUGAACAUUCCAGAGGAUAUGAUUCGUGAAGCACUCAAAGUCGUCCUAGAUGAAAGGAAUCACCCAGUUUUGAUACACUGUAAACGAGGGAAGCACCGAACAGGUUGUGUCGUGGGCUGCUUGCGAAAACUACAAAGAUGGUGCUUGUCAUCUAUCUUUGACGAGUACCAGCGAUUUGCAGCAGCCAAGGCUAGGGUAUCGGAUCAAAGGUUCAUGGAAUUGUUUGACAUUUCUAGCUUAAAACAUAUCCCAAUGCCAUUUUCAUGUUCGAAGAGAUAACGAAUUAGUCGGAUUAAAUAGCUCCCGGGUUCCUUUGUUAGCGCGAGAAAAUAAAAUAGGUACGGCAAAAGGAAUUUUCCCCCCUUGUUGAGAGUAUAAUAAGAAGCAUACGUAUCAUGAUGUACUACGUAUGCAAUAUCUUAGUGUUGUAGAUCGAUCUUGAUUUGUUCUUGAAAUUUAUAGUCUAGUUUUUUGAGCUGGUUUUACGUAAGAUGAAUCGCUAACCACUCUGGCCGAUAAAUACAUGCCAUAGGGCGUUGAAAGGCUUUUGUGUUACACUCAGUGAUCUCUUGACUAUCUGCUACUCAAAAAUAGGAACAGAAAAACGCCAAAAAAGAAGACCGAGGUACGUAUUAUCUAUUUCUAUAGAUAGGGGAAUGGUUCAAAUAGUUAACAUGGGUUGAUGAUCAGCUUGUAUUCAGUAUUUGAUAGUAUAAUAAUAUUCACUGCAUAAGAUAUCAUAGUGUGCUGGUGAAUUAUAUA